AUGGCCCAUCGAUACUCUACCUACUCGACCAAUUCGUCGCAACUUGGUGCUGUCCGCUCAGCCGCCCAGCAACCUACACAGGUUUCCACCACUACUCUUCUCAACGCCCUCCACACAGUCUAUGCCUCGGGGCAGACAUACCAACUCGACGCGAGUACGAGCAUCGCAACCAAUACAUGGCUGACCGCCGUCAACCCUGAUGCGCAAGGCCGAGUCGGUGGCACGGUAGAUGCGGACAUUGCCUCAAGAGCGUGGGAGCAUGCAAGAAGAAGAGCAGAGGAUGCCUGCGUGAUACUUGCAUCUCUGCAUCCGUCCACACCCUCGGUAUUCCAGGCCUUCCUGCAAGUCAUCCCUUUACCGACUCCCCCGAUCGUCUACACUGCGCUGUCGGCAUUGCGACCAUUUCUUUCCUGCGUUACACCUAUCAACCCUACCACAUUUCUUCAUUCUUCAUUCAGCGCCAAGUAUACCGUCACUCUCUCUGGAACCGUCACUGGCCUCUCUCUCGCCCUGUCAGAAUCGGGCAUUGAUGUGGAGAAGGGGCUCUCAAAAAUUCCCUCCGAACAUGGCUACCGGGCGUUCGACGUUUUCUACUAUCUUUUGACGUCGGCAUCGACCCCUGCUGAGCGCGAAUUUCUCAGUUUGCAACCUCCGUCGAAAUACGCACUCUUGAACAGAUCCGGCACAUAUGAGCCCCCGAGCUAUCUUCCUGCUGCAGACGACGUGGCCGCAGCAGAAGACUUCCGCUCAGCUCUCAAGUCCAUUGGCAUCAAAGGCGCCACUUUUCGAGGACUACUUUCCUCACUAGCCGGGUUGCUCAAAUUAGGCGAGACCGUUGGGUUUCUCGUCGAUUCUGAUGUCCUUGAAGACGUCUGUGAGGAUGUCGGAGCACUGAUCGGUCUGGAGCCUGAGGUGUUAUUGAAUAAAUGCACCACUGACGACCGGGAAGUCCUGAUUGCUGGGAUGUAUGAAGCCCUCGUGGACUGGGUGAUCUCAAAAGCCAAUGAAGCAAUUGCAACAGAAUUGCGCACAGGCGCCCUAACCCCUGACUCCAGCACUCAAAGUGGUGAUGAAGUCAGCCUCACCAUCAUCGAGAUCCCUGGCGAGACGCUCGGAAAGGCUGUUACCCUGCGCAAUGUUUUCGACGACACUUUCGGGAUCAAUGCUGAAAUGAAGGAUGACGGUAUUGAGGUUGUUCCAGCCGGGCAUUCCGUCAUUAAGGAAAUGCAAGCCGCCGUGGCGGAGGCCGAUGCAGAUCUCAACAUCAAAGGUGGCCCCCUCAGUCGAGAAAGAGAGCAUGAGCAUGAGAGGCGAGAGGCAAUCCUGGAGAAGAUCGGGCUUGAAGCGGAACCCGGUGGUUUCCUGCAUACACUGCUUUACCCCGUCGACGGGGAAGGCUUGAAUUUUGGCAAAAAGGGGCGUUUCGACCUCAGCGCGACUCUUGUUAGCAGCAGGGCAUGGUAUCAACUCUCAAUACACCCCACGGACGAUACCCCGAGCGCUCUUGCUACCCUAGCUUCUCCCACUUCCGCAUGGUCUGCUGGGACAGUCUCUCGGCAGCUACGAGCAUGGAGAUUACCUGAGUGGGCCAAUUAUCGGAACAGGCACCUUGACUUCACCGCAGAUUUUGACGUUGAGGAGUUUGUGACAAGAUAUUCCAGGCUUGGGUGUAAAGACGGCAAAGAUGGAGUUGAAAGCUUUCUGCUUGAGCGUGGGUGGACGAAUGGCGAGGUUGUGGUCGGUCACGAGCGUGUCUGGAUGCGUGAAUCUGCAUGGUGGGAAGCCGAGUCGAUGCUUGACAUGCUGCCUGCCGCCAGCGGCUUUUCAGACGAUGCAACCUUCGGCCAGCCGCUGAAUCCAUUUGCGUCUAGCUAUUCUGCCAAUGCACCCAACAAUGCCAGCAGCUUCUUUCCUCCCUUGGGUGAGAACAUGAGCCUCCACGACAGUCGAGAAAAUCUAUUGGCACAAGCAGGUCCGGAACGUGCCAGGUCAGUGGCGCCUACGAUGGCAAAAACAGUCCAGUCUAUCGGUGGUGACUAUGGCUUGGGUCCAAAAGGCGACAGUCACAAAGACAACGUUUACUAUGACUCUGAUCUCGGGCGAUAUACCGGUGAGCUCGAUCCUGAAUUCGGCGAUCCAAGAAAUGUCGAAUCUAAACCUACAUCCCGUGCACGUCAAGUAUGGGUCUCGGUCGUCUGGGCCUUGACUUGGUUUAUUCCCUCCGUGCUUCUAAGAUACAUUGGUCGUAUGAAAAGGCCAGAUGUACGCAUGGCCUGGCGGGAGAAAGUGGUACUCGUGUUCCUCAUUUUCUUGCUCAACGCUAUUAUUCUCUUCUACAUCAUCGAGUUCGGAAGGUUGCUGUGCCCCAAUUUCGACAAAGCCUGGAACGCCAAAGAAGUCGGCUAUCACACGGGGACGAACGAUGUGUAUGUCAGCAUCCAUGGGAAAGUCUACGACAUCACCAAAUUUUAUCGCCUGCAGCACAGUGACACCAGCAUCGAGACCACCGCUGAGAACAUGCUACCUUUCGCGGGCCAGAACCUGGAUGCAUACUUUCCGCCGCCGCUAAGCCGCGCUUGCCCUGGGCUCAAUGUCGAUGAGAGCGUGUUCUUGCAGCACAAUGACACAGAUGCCAUUCAGUAUCCGAAUGCUGUCCAUACUUCUGGGCCCCGUCUCCAGACCAACCAGAAGUCGGCAUUGUACAGUUGGAAUUGGUACAACGACAGAUUCCAGCCCAAAAUCGAAGAAUACUACAAGGGAGAUCUGGUAGUCACGAAGAGUAAAAUCAAGCGGCAAGCGGAGGACGAUCAACGUAUGUGGGUUAUCAUCCACCACAAAAUCUACGACCUCACCGACUAUUUCUACACGUUGAAGCUGAUGAACAACUACGAUACCUACAAGUUCUUUCCCGACGAGGUCACGGAUUUGAUAACUAAUAAUCCCGGCCUUGACAUCACGGAUAAAUGGGGUACCAGCGCAGCAUUCGGGAACAGUCUCAACUGCAUGACAAAUGCUUUUUAUGUCGGCAAGGUUGACUUCCGCGAUUCGGCAAAGUGUCAGGUCAACAACUAUAUCCUUCUGGCCUUUACCUGCCUCCUUUGUGCGGUCAUCUUGACCAAGUUCUUGUCUGCCUUGCAGCUGGGAUCCAAGCGCCGACCUGCACCACAGGACAAAUUUGUGAUCUGCCAAGUACCUGCCUAUACCGAAGGUGAAGACCAUCUAAGGAAAUCGCUCGAUUCCCUUACGGCCUUGCAAUAUGACAACAAGAGAAAGCUCAUUUGUGUCAUUUGCGAUGGCAUGAUCGUUGGUGGUGGCAACGACAGGCCUACACCCAAGAUUGUCCUGGAUGUCCUCGGCGUCGAUCCAAAAAUUGACCCACCAGCCCUUCCUUUCCGGUCGGUCGGCAACGGCAGUGAACAGCUCAAUUAUGGCAAAGUUUAUUCUGGGUUAUAUGAGUACGAAGGCAAUGUCGUCCCUUAUAUCGUCAUCGUCAAAGUUGGAAAGGAAUCCGAGCAGUCUAAAUCGAAGCCUGGAAAUCGUGGCAAGCGAGACUCACAGAUCUUGCUGAUGCAGUUCCUUAACCGCGUUCAUCACAGAUCUCCGAUGUCGCCUUUGGAGCUGGAAAUGUUCCAUCAAAUCAACAACAUCAUUGGGGUCGAUCCAGAGCUAUACGAGUACCUCUUUAUGGUCGAUGCAGAUACCAAUGUUAAAGAAGACUCCCUGAACCGGCUGGUUGCUGCAUGUGCAAACGAUGCAAAGAUUGCCGGUAUCUGUGGUGAAACGAGCUUGGAAAACGAGGAGCGCAGUUGGUGGACUAUGAUUCAAGUAUAUGAGUACUACAUCUCGCAUCAUCUCGCCAAAGCCUUUGAGUCAUUAUUUGGCAGUGUCACAUGCUUACCCGGCUGUUUCUGCAUGUAUCGCUUACGCACGGCUGACAAGGGUCGACCGUUGAUCAUCUCCGACAAGGUGAUUCGAGAAUACGCCGAUUGCGACGUCGACACACUUCACAAGAAGAAUCUUCUGUCUCUUGGUGAAGAUCGAUAUCUCACGACCUUGAUGACGAAGCACUUCCCGGCCAUGUCUUACAAGUUUAUUCCUGACGCCUGCGCUCUCACCGCCGCACCCGAAACAUGGUCAGUACUGCUUUCACAGAGGCGGCGAUGGAUUAAUUCUACUAUACACAAUCUUGCCGAACUUGUAUUGCUGAAAGACUUGUGUGGGUUCUGUUGCUUUUCUAUGAGAUUCGUCGUCUUUAUCGAUCUGUUCGGAACUAUCAUCCUGCCGGCGACUUGUUGCUAUCUAGUUUACCUGAUCUAUCGAGUGGCCUCUCAUACUGGGCAGUUCCCCUUGAUAUCGAUUGUCAUGAUCGCAGCUGUCUAUGGGUUGCAGGCUAUCAUUUUCAUCAUCAAGAGGCAAUGGCAGCACGUUGGCUGGAUGAUCAUCUACAUCAUCGCAUAUCCCAUCUACAGUUUUGUCCUACCAAUCUACUCUUUCUGGAACCAAGACAACUUCUCUUGGGGCAACACCAGAAUUGUCAUUGGGGAGAAAGGUGACAAGAAGGUUGUUGCAAUUCAAGACGAAGGCUUUGAUCCUAGGUCGAUCCCUCUUCAGAGAUGGGAUGAUUAUGCCGCAGCAAACAAUCUUCCAGGACUUCGUGGGGAUACUGGGUCUUAUCAUGAGAAGGGCUUUGAAGUCAACUAUACCGAUGAUCCGGCAAUGAUGGAAAUGGACGAUAUGCACUCCACUUACUCAUCAAUCAAACCAUCGAGUACCAUUUUGACCGGAUUUGCCAGGCAACAACAUCCAUAUAUGGCACCACCGCGCUCGCCCGCACCCUUUGGCAUGAACAAUCGCGCCAGCACAUUGACUGGUUUGACUCAAUUUCGCGACCAUCCUGUGAGCAUGCAUGGGCGAAACAUGAGCAUGAUGAGCCUUGGAAGUCAAGGUCGUCUUAUCUCCCCAUCACCGGGUCCGUAUCAGGACCACAUUCGGAGUCCAUACCAAAGCGGCUUCAGUGGGAUGCAACAUUCGGCAAGCAGGCCAAGUUUGCUGGGUAUGGCCACCAGCAGGCCAGCGUCAACGAUCAUGGAUUUCCGCACCGUGCCUUCUGCAGGGCCGAGCGACCAUGAGAUCGUUGAUGCCAUUCGCGCGGUGCUGAGCGAAAUUGACUUGGAUACGGUCACCAAGAAGCAGGUGCGAGCACUUGUUGAACAAAGAUUACAGUGCGAAAUACCUGCCGGCGAGAGGAGGCAGUUUCUGGAUAAGGCCAUUGAUGGCGAAUUGGCAAACAUGUAG